GAGAGUUGGAGAGAAACGAGGCAAGAGCAGGAGAGGGGCUUGGAUCAGGCAGGACCAAAGUAUAGAAGAUGGCUGCUGCUGAUGAUCCUGAGGUUUUUCUAAAUACUUUUGAAAGGAUUGCCACAGUUGCAGGCUGGCCGCAAGACCAAUGGGCACUUAGAUUGACACCCUGCUUGACCGGAUGGGCGCAGAAGGUCGUGGAGGCGCUUGACCUGGGCGAAGCUGCAGAUUACGACAAAGUAAAGCAAGCCAUUCUGGGGACCUUAAAUUUGUCAGCGGAAGCCUAUAGGAAGCGAUUCCGGGAGUUAAGGCUGGAACCGGGAAGGUCUCCAAGGGCUGUAGCCCAGGAAAUGAAAAUGAAUGCUGGGAGAUGGCUGAAGCCAGAAAUGCAUUCUGCCGACCAAGUGGUGGAGCUGGUGGUUCUGGAACAGUUGGUAACUACUCUGGAGCCUGCCCUGCGGAGCUGGGUCACCAGCCAGCGACCCCUGACCCUGGAAGAUGCCGUCACGCUCCUCGAAGCUUAUUGGGAAGCUGAGGCCAUCUGGGGUGUAGCUGCUGUUCCACCACAGAAGAAUGGCCAAGGUCAAAAGAAGGGAGAAGGAAUGAUGAGCACUGGAGAGAGGAUGGCCCACUCGUCAGGGGGGCCAUGUGAGCGAGCGGCAGAAAGUGUGCCGUCCUCUGAGAAGGAACAAGAAGAUCGAGGUGUGCAGACGGAUGAAACAGGAGAGGCUAGAGAUAGAUGUGUGAAGCUGUUGAAGGAUUUCCCCAAUCUGAUGGUAGGAGGAGGCCUGCUUCCUACUCCAGCGGAUCCCCACGGGAAAGAUAAGUACGAACCCAGAGGAGGAUGGAAUUGGGGAACAACAUCUCCCAAAACGGCUUCGGGGAUGAAAAAGAACCCAGCUGGUUCCAGUCCCUUUCUCCCCAGAUUGGAGGGAACACAUGUGAAGCAUCCGUGCUGCAGCACAGUAUGCGCGGUGCUGAGUGUUCCGGUACAGAACCCAGUUACCCGUUAUAGCAUUGGAGUGAGGAGAAUUUAAAAGAGAACAAGACUGUUGCAACUGUUAAAGUAAAGAGUUACAAGCUGUUGCCAGAGGUGGAAUUGUUGGAUCUGUUUGGGUUGGGAUUAGCAGACGUUAAA